AUGUCUGGGCACAUUUCCUCCAUCUGCUCUCACUCCCCUCACCUGUGCUUCCCCGCCCAUCUCCACACCUGGUUGCAAUCAUCAUCAGUUCCCCUUCAAAUACAGGUCCAGACGGCUUUGGACUCCAUUGGUGACAAGGAUUUGGAGGGUCCAGAAUCUCCCAAAGUAUUUACUGGUGUUACUGGUACUGGUACUGGUGGUGUUACUGGUGUUACUGGUACUGGUACUGGUUCUGUGUACCUGGGCUUUGACUUCAGCACUCAGCAGUUGAAGGUUUUGGCCAUCGAUGGAAACCUGAACGUGCUUCAUCAGAAUAAUGUCCAGUUUGACUCGGAGCUGCCUGAGUUCAGGACUCAGGGAGGAGUUCAUAUCCAACCUGAUGGACUGACUGUUACCUCACCUGUACUGAUGUGGGUCAAGGCUCUGGACCUGCUAUUGGACAAGAUGAAGAGGGCGGGGUUUGACUUCUCGCGGGUCAGAGCGCUUUCAGGCAGCGGCCAGCAACAUGGCAGCGUGUUCUGGAAGAGAGGAGCGUCGGAAACACUCAGAGACCUCGACCCAGAGCAGAGCCUGAAUCAGCUGCUGCAGCACAGCUUCUCGGUGUCAGACUCCCCGGUGUGGAUGGACUCCAGCAGCAGUCGGCAGUGUGCUGACCUGCAGUCGGCAGCAGGAGGAGCUCAGAGUCUGGCAGAGAUCACCGGAUCCAGAGCUUACGAGCGCUUCACAGGAAACCAGAUCGCUAAGCUGCUGCAGAGCCGACCGGACCAGUACCAGGACUCUGAGAGGAUCUCUUUGGUCAGCAGCUUUGCAGCGUCGCUCUUCCUCGGUGGUUACGCCUCCAUCGACUACAGCGAUGGCUCUGGGAUGAAUCUUCUGGACAUCAGGAGCAGAACCUGGUCUAAGAUUUGUCUGGAAGCCACCGCUCCUCAUCUGGACCAACUGCUGGGAGAGCCACAACCCUCCACAGCUGUACUGGGUCGCAUCUCGCCUUAUUUCGUACGUCGGUUCGGUUUCUCUGAGAGCUGCAGUGUGGUCGCUUUCACCGGAGAUAACCCAGCGUCUCUGGCAGGAAUGAGACUCCAGCAGGGAGACAUCGCUGUGAGUUUAGGAACCAGUGACACGGUGUUUCUGUGGAUCGAGGAGCCUCGGCCAGCGUUGGAGGGUCAUAUCUUCUGUAACCCAGUGGACUGGCAGCAGUACAUGGCUCUGCUGUGCUUUAAGAACGGCUCGCUAACAAGGGAGCGAAUCAGGAACGAGUGUGCUGGAGCAUCAUGGGAAGUUUUCUCUGCCGCCUUGAAAGAAACGCCGCUCGGAAACCAUGGCAACAUCGGUUUGUAUUUUGACACCAUGGAGAUUACUCCUCCUGCUGUUGGACUCCAUCGCUUCAACCACCUCGACACAAAGGUGUCCUCUCUGAGUCCUCAGGUGGAGGUGCGUGCUCUGGUGGAGGGUCAGUUUCUGUCUCGGAGGCUCCACGCUGAGCGUCUGGGAUACUCCAUCAUUCCAGGAACCAGAGUUUUGGCAACAGGAGGAGCUUCGUCUAAUAAAGAGAUCCUGCAGGUCUUGUCUGAUGUGUUCAACGCUCCGGUUUACACCAUCGAUCUGUCGAACUCUGCCUGUCUGGGAUCAGCAUACCGAGCUCUGCAUGGCCUGAGAGCAGAAUCUGGAGUUUCGUUCUCCGACGUCGUUAAAAACGCGACGAAGCCGAAGCUAGCGGCUAACCCUCACGCUACUGCUCAGGAGGUUUACGACCCGAUGCUGAAACGCUUUGCUCGAUUGGAGGAGAGAGUCCUGCAGGAGUCCCGCCCCUGAGCCGCCGCCAGCCAAUCAGCUCUGUCGGCCCGGCGUGCCCUCUCCUCUGAUUGGACGGCUUAAUUAAUUAUUAUUAUUAU